GAACUGACGGCAGGAGCAGACUGUGGAAACCUGAGACGUUCUCCCUUCCUGGUCGGCUUCUGCUCAGAGUUAUUCGAGUCCUGGUAAGACUCCCAGCCGAUUACUGCCCUAGUAUUAGGUCAGUCCACUGAAAGGGAGAGCGAUGGCGGUGACUCUGUUAGAGGAUUGGUGCAGGGGGAUGGACUUGGACCCCAAGAAGGCCCUGCUGAUCGUGGGCGUCCCCAUGGAGUGCAGUGAGGCCGAAAUUCACGAGACUGUGAGGGUUGGCUUAUACCCUCUGCGCGCCUACAGGCUGCUGAGCAGGAUGUUCCUGAGGGAGGACAAUGCUAAGGCAGUCUUGAUCGAGUUGGCCGACGCCGUCAAUUAUGCUACCAUACCCAGUCAAAUACUGGGGAAGGGAGGCUCCUGGGAAGUGGUGGUAAAACCCCGCAACCCAGAUGAAGAGUUUAUCAAUAGACUGAGCUACUUCCUGAAAGAAGAGGGCCGGAGAAUGGUGGACAUAGCCCAGAUCCUGGGGUAUAACCGCCUCUCCGGGGAGGGCAUGGAGCCAGAGGUGUCGGCCGGAGCCACAUCAUCAGUUUUGCAUUCUGUGAAAGAAAACGCCUGGUACCGAAAACUCAAAGUGUUUUCUGGAAGUACUCCCCCUAGCCCAGGCGAAGAGACUUUUGAAGUGUGGCUGGAGCAGGUCACUGAGAUUAUGCAGUUGUGGCAAGUGUCUGAGGUGGAGAAGAGGCGGCGUCUGCUGGAGAGCCUAAGCGGUCCUGCCCUGUCAAUCAUGCGGGUGCUCCGGGCCAACAAUGAGUCUAUAACUGUGGAGCAGUGCCUGGAUGCCCUGAAGCAGAUCUUUGGGAAUAAAGAGGACUCUAGAAUCUCUCAGUUUAAGUUUCUUCAGACCUCCCAAAUGUUAGGAGAGAAAAUCUCGGCUUUUUUGCUGCGCGUGGAGCCCCUGCUGCAUAAAGCUGUGCAGCACAGCCCCUUGUCAGGGUGCAGCGCAGACAUGAUCCGCCUGAAACACAUCCUGGCCCGCUCCACCAUGACCUCCACCCUCCGGAAAAAGCUUGAGCUCUUGGAUCAGCGAGAGUGUGCGCCUGCUUUUCUGGAGUUAAUGAAGCUCAUUCGAGAUGAAGAAGAGUGGGAGACCAUCAUGGCUGUGGUCAAUGAGAAGCCGCCUAGGCAAGCAGGAAGAGGCCGAAGGGCCCCUUGCAGACAGGUAGUAGCAGAAACCAUUGUUCAUGCUCCUCAGGUCACCGAGCAGGCAGGGUAUUUUAGGGAGAGCAGCACCCAGACCUUACAGCUAGGGAUGCCUCCACCACUGAAGUGCAGGCGAUUGUCAUGCUGCUAUGGCACUAGGGAAGAAGGUCAUGACCAGAUAGUGUGUGUCAAAGUUGAAAACCAACCCUCAGCAGAGCAGAUGUCACAUACUGCAGCACAGAUUGCAGCAGGAGAGCCGGGAAACGAGAUAGGGGCUGGGGCCAUGAGCCACCCCAAGCCCUGGGAAGCAUAGGCUCAGGACACCCAG